UGCAUGAGUAACACCUCGAUUGGGCUUAGUUCCUGGAUCUCGCGAGGACGCUGUAGGAAGAGGUUCUAGCGUGCACGUACCUUCAAAGUAGUCUACACAUUGAGAAUAUUUAUAAUUUACAUAAAGAAAAAUAUUAUGAGCAAAACGUGGAGUUUCCUGAUUUUUCUGGUAAAACUAAACUUUUCACAAGCUGUCCUCUCCACCGAGCUGGUUGUAAGGAUUACAGGAGGCCCCCUUGUAGCACAGCUAUUGGCUCAGGAAAGUGGACAUUACUACAAAGGUCCUGUCAAUGGUUUUUCCGAUACAUAUAUCCUAAUACCCUUGGAAAAUGUACAUGAAAGUCAAAAGAGGGGGUUACAACCGAAUAAAUUAAUUGACGAUGAGAGGGUGCUUUGGGCGGAAGAACAGCAUACCAAGGUACGACAAAAAAGAGAUUUUACCACGAUAGACCCCUCGGAUAUCCCUAAACUCAGAGUCAAAAGGUAUGAAACAAUAAAAAAGGUCUUUAAGAGACCUGUGAUACCUCCAGCUGUUGACAAAACUUUCAACGACGAACUUUGGAGCCAGCAGUGGUACUUGCGUGAUACAAGGACUAGAUACGACUUACCAAAGCUAGAUCUGAACGUUCUCCCUGUGUACAAUGCUGGUAUAACUGGACAGGGCGUUAGAAUCUCAAUUUUGGAUGAUGGGUUAGAAUACACUCAUGACGACUUAAGAAACAACUACGAUCCAGAGAUCAGCUGGGACUGCAACGAAGACGAUGAUGACCCCCUGCCCAGGUAUGAAGUGACUAAAUCUAACAGCCAUGGAACAAGAUGCGCUGGCGAAGUUGCCAUGUCGGCGAAUAAUGGGAAAUGUGGAGUUGGCAUUGCUUUCAACUCUAAAAUUGGAGCUGUCAAAAUGUUGGAUGGAUUAGUAACUGAUAGGAUAGAAGGAACAGCUUUAGGGUACGCCCAGCACUUGGUAGACAUCUACAGUGCUUCUUGGGGACCCAGUGAUGAUGGCAAAACUGUGGAUGGUCCUGGAAGAUUGGCCAAAGAAGCGUUAGAAAGAGGUGUCACUGAAGGUCGCGAUGGCAAAGGAUCAAUUUAUGUUUGGGCGUCAGGAAAUGGUGGGAUAAAGAAUGACAACUGCAACUGUGAUGGUUAUUUGGCCAGUCCAUACACCAUCUCCAUAGGCAGUGCCUCCCAAAGAGGAGAGUUUCCAUGGUAUGGAGAGGCUUGCGCUUCCACGCUAGCUGUGACUUAUUCUUCAGGAGCUUACAAAGACCAAAUGAUUGCAACAACUGAUUUGAAUAACGGCUGCACGAUAAAGCAUACUGGGACCUCAGCAUCGGCACCAUUAGCUGCUGGAAUCAUUGCUUUGGCCCUUGAAGCAAACCCGAAUUUAACGUGGAGAGAUGUCCAACACCUCAUUGUUUGGACAUCUGAGCUAGCUCCUGUCGCAGACAACCCAGGAUGGCAACAGAACGCAGCUGGACUUUGGUUCAACAACAGAUUUGGAUUUGGUCUGAUGAAUGCAUUCGGUCUAGUGGGAGCUGCAACCAACUGGACCACUGUGCCAGCAAGAAGGACCUGCGAAAUUCAAGCCAUUUUCAAGAAAAAAUCCGCCAUCUUGACGUUUGGUGAACCAGUGAAAAUAGGGAUACCUACAAGUGGCUGUAAGGGUACCCAGGAUGAAAUACGGUAUCUGGAACACGUGGAAUUAAAGACAAAUAUCAACUACACGGUGAGAGGAGCUCUUCAGGUGCAUUUAACAUCUCCAUCAGGGACGGAAGUGCAAUUAUUAGCUCCAAGAAAGUUGGACGAGAGUGACCAGGGGUUCGUAAAUUGGACAUUCAUGUCGGUAAUGACUUGGGGGGAGGUUGCUGAAGGCACUUGGACUUUAACCGUAUCAGAUGCAGCGGGACCUAGUGACAACUUUGGUAAUGUCGGUUCCACGACGCUUAUUCUUUACGGAACGAAGCAGCUGCCUCACCAUAUGAAGGAGGGUCCUAGAAAUUACAACCACAACUACAACAGGAUACACAACAGGGUCGGCACCUCACAUUCUCAGACUGGCUCAAGCGCGUAUUAUGAUGAUAAUGCACUGGAUCACGAUGGCUUUGCUAAAAGGGAAUUCUCGGAUGAUGGUUUGGAAUAUUUCCCUCGAAGCUUUUAUUUGUAUUGAAAACUUACUUAUUGUACAUAUGUAGGAAUUGCGGGAAUAUAAGUAUGAAAUAAU